CGCCUAUAAAUAUAGCCGGCCUCAACCGUGAUGGCUCUCACACGGAAACAAGGAUCCGCCGGAGAGAAAUACACAUCUGCCACAACAGAAAAUAAAAAAACCCCAGAAAAAUAAAAGAAAUGAAACGAAUUGUGUCGUCGUUGUUGGUCGUCGUGAUGAUUGCCGGCCAGUUGACAGAGUCGGCCGUCUUGUCCGGCAAGGGCAAAGGCAAAGAGCGGGUCAUGCACGACGGACCUAAAGUGCUAAUCAAAAGCACGGCCCUCCAGCACGCCAACAUCGUGAGUCGGCAGAAGAACAGCGACCUUCACGAAAUCUACUUGGCUCCUUACCGCUACAUCGAGAAGGAAGUUAAAGCGGUGGCGACGUUCAUGGAAGCGGCUUAUUUCAACAACAGCGGCGCCGUCCAGGGCGUCGUCGUUCUGACGCAAGAAGCGGCAGCUAAAGGCGUCACGAUGAAAGGUAGCGUCCGCGGAUUAACGCCGGGCAAGCACGGCAUCCGCAUUCACGAAUUCGGAGACAUCCGUGACCACUGCCGGGCCGACAGGACCGGGCCGCAUUACAAUCCUUACAAGAUCAAGACGCCGGAAUCCAACAUUUUCGUGAAAGAAGACGGGACGUCCGAUUUCGUGUUGACGGACAAGACCUUGUCGCUGGCAGGUGGGCGGUCCAUCAUCGGUCGAUCCAUCGUCAUCGAUCAAGAACCCGACGAUUUAUUCACGCGGGAAGGGCGGGCCAGCACUACCCGACGAGCCGUUUUGUGCGGCGUCAUCGGUCGUGCCGAUUGAAAAAAACAAAAAAAUAAAAAAAAAAACAAUUAAUUUUUUUGGAAUUAAUUAAUUAAUGAAUGAAUCAACAAUUUGUGCUAAAAUAAUUCCAUGUCUUAACAUUCCUUUACCCAUCGCUCAAAACAAAUUUCCACACACUUUUUUGCGUGCUUCUUCGAUUUUAUUUUUUUGAUUGCGCAACUCAAUAAAAUGGCGAGAGA